AUGCCUACAAAGUUAACUAUACCAACAAAUACGAAACCUGGCCAAAUUUAUGAUGCUAAUUUACAAUGCGAACUCAUGCACGGACCGGGUUACCAACAGGUGACCCCAAGGCAAGACGCUUUUGAUGGAAUCUGCUACAUGAUGUGGUGCGGUCAAUCAUCCUUCGGCAGAAUUAUUACAUCUCAUCCAGCGCUCGAAGCGAUUUUUCCAGAGAAGGAAGAGGAGAAAGAGAAGAAAGAGAGGCACGUUUUGUGGGCCGAACAAAUGGUGCCAGCUUGGACGCUGUGUGCCGUGGGCAGGGAGCAGCUCGCCAUCAACUACUCCAGCAAGUGGAAAGCUUCCCCCUACUGUCCAUACUUCUGCUUCUUCAUGGACUUCACCCAAAUUGGACUUGCCAUCUCGAGACGAACUUGCUCGAAUCCAUAUCCUGCCAAUGGAGGAGAAGAUUGUGUCGGAUCCAAGAUACGCGCUAUUGUCUGCAAUAAACCAUGUCCAAAGCAGCUACGUACUGUUGACGAGCAUGAGAUGUUGAUUGCGGGUAAUGGAUGGCGAAAGCAUAAUGGUAUCAACCGAGUAGGGGCGAAUAAGCAAUUUACACUGAAGUGGAUGUCUAACGCUUUCAGUAAUCGAGCAGUGUACCUCGAUCCUUACACAUAUUGA